UGCUAUUUGCCAUUAAGCAUAUCAGUUGCACUGGGGAUAAACUCCCUGUAGGAAUGUGUUAUUAAUACCAUAGGAGAUUAAAAAAAUAAAUGCCAUGCACUAUAAAUUCAUAUUGAGAUUUUGUGAGGAUUCUGCCUUAACAAUAUCCAUCUCAUCUAGCAGAAAGGUAGGACCAAAGACUAUAAAUAAAUACAGAACACAGUGAUUCAUAUCUAGUCAAGUGCCUCCACCAUUACGGCCUUGUUUGACCCCUUCCUGAUGAUGUGAUUUGGCUCGGGCUUGCCUUCAGCUUUCCAAUUCCCUUGCUAGUUAACUACCUUCCCUCCCCAGCCUGGGCUGUUUUAAGCAGAAUUAAGAGCAAAAGAGCAUGAAGCCAGAGAGAUGAUUUGCUUUAAGGCUGUUCAUAUAAACCGUGCUUGCCUAGUUGCCAUGGUGAUGUUUCCCAGACUUGAUGAUUUCAGAGUAGGAUUUCAUGUGAGAAGGGGGUAGAGAGAGGCAGUGAUGGGGCAGGAAUACAGAUGAAAGGAGACAGGGCCAAAAGCUGAUGUUUUCUCCGGUGUCGAGAUUUGACAUUAGACAGGUACAAUCUGAUGCAAUCAUCCUGCUGCUGUUUGGCAGCUGCAAGUCCGUGACAGAUGUCACUGUUGCAUUUUUGCAAACCAUGUGUUAACCCUAUAUUAAGCCAUUUGUGCCAGUCAUGCAAUGCAAGUCACCGCUCACGAUGCCUCUCGUUAAUAAAAUGGCUUUGCAAAGUUCACGAUUGUGAUUCAUCACUCAGUUUAAAUUUUAAUGUGCGCCACACUGGUGCAAGUAUGCAUCCUCAUGCGUCCUCAGUGUGUCUCUUGCUGGAUGUGUACUGUUCUUACUGUCCCCUCAGACACCAAGUUUCCAUGGAGGCAGGUUCGUCCCUCAGCCUCAAACGAAGAUAUGAGGAGGUGGACAACAGCUCUCCAUUCUCUACACCUAAGGACUCUGACGAUGACAUCUCCAGCAGUGACAGCGCUGACAGUUGCGAUAGCCUCAACCCCCCUUCCAGCACUUCAUUUACACCAACCUCCAUUCUCAGACAGCACAAGCCGUCACCAGGGGGGAAGCGGGUGCGUUUUGAUGUGGUGACGGUGUAUUACUUCCCCCGACGGCAGGGUUUCACCAGCGUGCCCAGCCAGGGGGGCAGCUCCCUGGGCAUGGCCCGCCACCACUCCUCCAUCAGACACUACACACUGGGCGAGUUUGCCCGUGAACAGGAGACCAGCCACCGGCACACUUUGCGCCAGCACCUGCGUCAAGAGAAGCUCAACGCCCGUAAGAUGAAGCUGACACGGAACGGCACCGUGGAGUGCGCUCAGGCGGACCUGCUGACGCUGGAGGACGUGUCAGAUGAGGACCUGGAUGUGGAGGGGGUGGAGGUGGACGACUGCUUCUUCCUCCAGCCCCUGCCCACCAAGCGCCGCAGAGCCCUCCUGCGGGCUUCUGGCAUCGCCCGCAUUGACGCCCGGGAGAAAGCUGAGCUCCGAGCCAUCCGCCUUUCCCGAGAGGAGUGUGGCUGUGACUGCCGCUUGUACUGUGACCCUCGCCACUGUGGCUGCAGCCAGGCCGGCAUUAAGUGCCAGGUGGAUCGAAUGUCUUUCCCAUGCGGCUGCUCUAGAGAUGGAUGUGGCAACUCAGCAGGCCGUAUUGAGUUCAAUCCUCUGCGCGUGCGAACUCACUACCUGCACACCAUCAUGAAGCUGGACCUGGAGAAGAGGAGGAUGCUGGGACUGGGGAACGGGGACCAGUACUCCGAGUCUGACCUUAUCUCCUCCCCUUCGUCCACUUGCCCUCCUUCCCCAGACCUGUCCUCGGUAACCGGCCUAGACUCUGAGCUGGAGGAGAGCGAGGUGCAGACAGUCGUGGAGGUUCAGGAUCUCCUGGCAGAGCAGGAUAUUCUGGAGCGAGAAAACGAGACAGCUGUGCUGCACCUGCAGAGCGCAGAGGAGCAGGAGAGGAGGGAGAGGGAGGAGGCUGAAGGGGAGCCAGUGCAGCGCGAGUUGGGCACUGGAGGUCUCGGGGAGCAGCCACUCUGCCUCCUGCCCAGUGCCUUGGAAGGGGAACUGCCUGAGCAGGCGGGGGUGGAACAGGUUCUCCUGCAGGGACCGUUCCCAACAGGGACUACGGUGCUCUGCAUCACCGAAAACCAGGAGGAAAAUGCCCCUGGUCUCAUCAAAGACUCAGCCUCUCUGCUUUACUACCAGCUCAGUCCCAUAGAGACUGAGACAUUUGAGCCUGUGCCCAGGGAGGAGGAGGUGGAACAGGAGGAGUGUGUGGCGAGAGAACAAGAGGUGGGAGGAGGCGAGUGUGUGGAGAGAAAACAAGAAGGAGAGGAGUCUGAGGAUGAUAAGCAUGGAGACAUCACCUGCAGGCAGAGUUUGGGCAAGCCUCCACCCAAUGUGAUUCUGUGCUCUGAGGAAUGUGAGAAAGGAGCGGAGACAUCCUCGGGUCCUCAGCAGGGCCUCUCUGACGAGCCGUGCCAGGGCGAGGCCUGCUUGGCCACGGAGGGUGAAAUUGAUCAGCUGCCUCCCAAGGUUUAGUUGUAGCUUCUCUGCAGAUGUUUUGCACAAUAGCUUCAUCUAAGAUGAAUCAUUUACACAUUUCAUGUUUAUUACUGCUAUCAUCAAGACUAAUGUUACAAGUUGCAAUUGUUAGUAGUGGCUGUCAUUGAAUUUGUUUGGAAACUGAGCUUGAGUAUUACAAAACCUGAGGGGGAAUGCUGAAAGCACACGCAGAUCACUCCCCAGAAGUAAUAUGGAUGCAGUUACAAGGCAACAUUGUAAUUCUAAUGGGGGUGACGAUCGCGGCCUUAAUGGAAAAAAACAACUAAUGUGUAGGAGUCAUUUUUCGAUGAAAAACUACAGCAGGCAGUGCUAUGUUAAUUUCCAGUGCAGCAAAUAGAAAAUGUAACUUGUGAAUGCUAACAUAAGCCUUUUGUCUGGUGAUGUUUAAAGCUAUCAACACUGAAUACAAAUUGUUUUUGCGGUGUGCGAGGCGCUAGUGUAGUUAACUACAUGCUGGCUCACUUUCCAUUACAGCAGAAAUGUGCUGUUGUCUUUCAAGCCAAAUUAAGGCCACUGAUAGUAUCCCCCUCUGAAAAUAGACCUAAUAAUCCUGGAUAUACUUGUUUUUGUGUACUGUAUAUGCAUUUGCAAUGGGCAAGACAGAGUCAAGGUUGCCGCUUUUUUGUUUUUCUUUUAAUUUUUCUUUUCUUUUUCUUUUGUUGUUUAUGUUUUUAUUUUUAUUUGUAUGCACAUUGUGAUCUGUGGGCACAGUGUGUUGUGGCUCUCUGCUGCAUGGAGACAUGAAGGUAAACCAGCUGAGAGCAGCAGACCAGCACUGGCCUUAAUUGUUACUGUGGCUCACCUUGAACUGCUCACGCAAAUGCCAUUUAUUUAUCAAAACGACUAGUUUACCUGUUGUAGUGACCAUUGCAACACCUAUAUUACACUUCUUUCAGUAAUGUGUCUUUUGUGGAUUAGAUAACUUUUGGUUUUGAGCAAGCCGAAGUCCUUGCAGCCUUUGUUUUUCUUUGAGUGAAAGGAAAUGUUAUUUCUUUAUAGCUGGUAUAUUGAGACUGUAAUGCCAUGUAGUCACCCAUGUCACGUUAUGCUGAAAUGACAGAAUAGAUCAUCCUGGUCUUGCAUUUUCACCUCUUUUAAUGGGUUGUACUGUAAGGAAGAGAUUAUUCUGAAUCACGUCAAAUUUCAUAUGAAGAAAAUAGCAUUUAAAGAGUCAAAGAAAAUCACAGCCUGUGCUGUUUAAAGUAGUUAUACGAAAUUAUGUGAUGUUACUAAUUUAUGGAACAAACUAUGACAACAAUCUGAAUUUGUAUUUUUUAUGUUUAAUCUGUGUGUGUGUGUGGGCGCGCGUGUCUGAGAGAGAAAAGGUGUGUAUGCAUCUGUGUGUGCAUGUAGGUGUAUAUGUAUUAAGGAGUGGGAGAUUGGGGGGAGCGGAAGAUAUAUUGGUAAGGAUAGAUAUUUUAUUCCUGAAAGGUGCUGUUGUUAUAGAUUUACAAUUUAGCUUUUUUUUUUUCUACCAUCACGAUAAAUGUGACUUCAAGGAGAUGUGUCUCGAUGGCUGAUAUAAGAAGUAAAUGUAUUUGAGAGCCUCUUGUAGGAAUGCAAUAGCUAUUGCACUGCAAAUCAUUAAUUGUGGUGAUUAUGGAAUGAAGUGUUUUGUCAUUGACUAUGUAAAUGCAAUCCUAUAACAUUUCUGGUCUUUAAAUGUCUUUUUUAUGCUACGUCUGAUUAAUACUGAUCUACAUAAGUGUGCCGACUCUUCUUACACAAAAUCAAUCCUUUGUUGUGUUGCCUGUUAUUCUGGCUGUUGCUUUCCGCGACGGCUCGCCUGACACGGGAUGUGCCGCUGUGUAUGAGAUGUCUGAUGUAUUUCUUUGCCUUUUUUAUUGUCUUAAUAUAAACUUGCUUAAGAGUUGCACCAAAGCAGUGGUUUCAAACCUAAUUAAAUGUCGCGUUUAUCCACCGGAUUUGAAGAAGGCAGCCUCCUAUUGUUGUUGUGAGGCUGCAGAUUUAUCAUGCUCCUCUGUGUAUGCUUGACAUGCCUUGACAUAGCACCAUCCUGGAAGUAAUGAUGAUUACAAGCUGCCUAUUGUUGAGUCUUUGUCCUUGGCUCUCUACUAAUAGACUUAGGUUUGGGACCACUGCACCAAACUCCAAUACACUACGUGAUUGUGUGUUUCUCUGUGUGUGAAAGAGGGGUGUGUGAUUGUUGAAAAAGAUUGAUAAAUUUAGACUUCAUAUAAAGAGCUGUGAGAACUACUCUCAUGCUAACUGUUGCCUAAAGUGGACACAAAAGGUUUUUAUACAAAAAUGAAAAAUAAAAUACUCAUUUCAGAAAGGA